AGAGGAGAGAAACUAUACAGAAGAAGAAAGAGAUCAGUUCUUUAGUAUUUCUUUUUCUUGAAUCUGAACGAACAAUAAAAACUGCUCUUUGACGCCCAGAGCAUAAAGAAAAGAAAAUUUUUUCUUUUCUUUGACAAUCUUCACACUUUCCUUCAGCGUUCACACUACCAUCUCUUCAUAUAUAUCUUUCCCUCACUUUCUACCUCUAUCUUUUUUCUCUCUUCGAAUUUUGAUCAAAUCAAUCCUUUUUGUGGGUGUAAACUGAUUUAGAUUAGUUUUAGCGUGUGAUUGUUAUGGAGGGACAUCUUCACCACCAACAUCACAAUCAGCAUCACCUACAGCAAUACCAGCUGCUGCAGCAGCAACAUCACAUCAGUGUAAACGUAGAGGCAAGUGAUAAGUUUCCUCAAUGGAGUAUUCAAGAAACAAAGGAGUUCUUGAUGAUCCGAGCAGAACUGGAUCCAACUUUCAUGGAGAAGAAAAGAAACAAAGUUUUGUGGGAAGUUAUCUCUAAUAAAAUGAAAGAAAAGGGUUAUAAUCGGAGCGCAGAGCAGUGCAAGUGCAAGUGGAAGAAUCUUUUUACAAGAUACAAGGGUUGUGAGACGAUAGAACCUGAAGCUAUGAGGCAACAGUUUCCUUUCUACAAUGAGUUGCAAGCGAUUUUCACAUCAAGGAUGCAAAGAAUGUUACGGGCUGAAGCUGAAGGAGCAGCUACUGGGUUGAAAAAGAAAGCAGUGAAGCUAUCUUCUGACGAUGAGGAUAAGAAUGAAGAAAUUAUUGAGGGCGAAAAGGGUGGCAGUAGAAAGAAGAUAAAAAAGGGCAAGGCAAUUGGUGGAACUAGUAGCAGUGGAUAUAGUAUUAGUUUGAAAGAGUCUUUGGAAGAUUUCACGAAGCAACAGAUGCAAAUGGAAAUGCAAUGGAGAGAAGUAUUUGAGGCAAGGGAAAAUGAGAGGAGGAUGAAGGAGAUGGAAUGGAGACAAACCAUGAAACAAUUAGAGAAUGAUAGGAUAGUGAUGGAGAGAAGAUGGAGAGAGAGAGAGGAGCAAAGAAGGGUGAGAGAAGAGGCUAGGGCUGAGAAGAGGGAUGCCCUUAUCACAGCACUCCUAAACAAGCUUAGAAGAGAAGACAUGUAGUGAUCAGCUAUCUUUCAAUGUUUUUGCUGUUUUAGAGAAGAGGUUUGUCCUGAAACUCUCAUUUUGGAGAUGUUAAAUAUGAUGUUCUUUGAUUAAGCUUUUAUGUUAUGAUCCUCUUCUUUUUGCAAACUGUGGCUAGAAAAGCUUCGAGCUGGUUCUCUUUUUAAUAUUGUCUAAUUAUUUUUA